GUGUCAUGUCGCAAAAGUUUCGAGUUACUCGGUAGUGUUUCGUGUCUUGUUCUUAUGUUGCCAAUGUUUGAGGUGCAAGAGGAACAGUGGAGGGGUGAGAAAUGACUUUGAGAAACUGAAAGGACGCCUGGGUUGAUAAGUUAAGGGCAUGGGAGAGCAGACUGGCCAGCACAUCCACCCAGCAAGGUCAUCUCAAAACAUACGCAUGAGGAGCCACAAGUCAGUAAAGAAACCAACACAGCCCAUGAAGGAGAGGGCGAGGAGGCAGCGCUGCGCCCCCUCAGGCACUGCGGCCCCCACGCCAGCUGGAGAAUCAAGGAGAGGGCGUGGGGAGAGGGAGAGGAGGGAGAAGGAGAGAGGAAGAGCAAUGCAGGAGCCCCGAGUCACUCUCCCAGCAUUUGUGAGGGGAAACGGAAGACAAAGAAAGACAGCUAAAAAAGAAAAAGAGAGAAAGAAAGAAAGAGAAAGAGACAGAACGAAAGAGCAAGGAAACCAAACAGAAAAAAAAAAUAGAAAAAAAUAAAAAAAGGAAGGAAAAACAUACAUACUAAAAAAAAAAAAAUGAAAGUGAAUAAGUGAGAAAGUGAGAGAAAAAAACAAAGGAAGAAAAAAAGUGAUAGAAGUAAAGAAAAAGAAAAAAAAGGAAAAAGUGAGAAAAAAAGGACAGGUUAAUUACGAGAAGACAGAUAAACAACACCUUAAUUACUGGACAUCAAAGAGGGAAGAUGGCCGCCCGUGUGGUGUAGGCGUGGGCGUGGUGCAGGAUGCGUGGGCGCGGCGUGAACUUGGGCGUGGGCGUGGUGGUGGUGGUGGUGGUGGUGGCCGCCCUACUGCCAGCCGCCCGCACCCUACCUGAUGUUAUUACGAUAGGUGGGCUCUUCGACGAGGGGGAUGAGGAGCAAAAGAGCGCCUUCAGGUACGCCGUUGACCACGUGAACCGGGAGAACAUCCUCGGAAGAACCAAACUCAACACGGAUAUAGAGAUGAUUCCACCAUAUGACUCCUUCCUGGCGUCCAAGAGAGUCUGCCAGUUAGUUUGGUCUGGAGUGGCUGCAAUCUUCGGGCCACAGUCAGGCCAGACUUCGGCUCACGUUCAGUCCAUUUGCGACGCCCUGGAGAUUCCACACAUCGAGACUCGCUGGGAUUAUCGCCUCAGGAGGGAUGACUAUUCGGUGAACCUGUACCCGCACCCCUCCUCUCUUAGCAAGGCGUAUCUGGACUUGGUGCGGCUGUUUGAAUGGAAGUCCUUCUGUAUUCUCUACGAGGACAACGACGGCUUAGUGCGUCUGCAGGAGCUUCUUAAGACUCCUUCCCCUCACGAGUUCAAGGUCUCCAUCCGCCAGCUGCCACACGGAAAUGACUACAGAGAGCUGCUGAAGGAGGUGAGGUCCUCGGGGGAACAGAACAUCAUCCUGGACUGCCGCACGGAGAAGGUCGGGCUGGUACUGAAGCAGGCGCAGCAAGUAGAUAUGAUGUCGUCUUUUCAUAGCUACCUUAUUACCUCUAUGGAUCUACACUUAGUCGACCUGGAAGACUUCAAGUACAGCGGGUCAAACAUCACGGGGCUGCGGCUGAUUGACCCCAACAGGGACGAGGUGCAGGCGCUGGUGGAGACGUGGCGCCAGGGCAGAGUCAUGGCCACCAACAGGCUCUCCGAUGGCGACCCCGUGCUCAAGCCAAGGGAACUUUCGUACUGGACGACCGAAACAGCCCUUAUGUAUGACGCUGUGAAGUUGUUUGUGCUGGCCAUGCGAGCCCUCGACAACUCCACCACCGUCACCAUCUCCCAGCUGCGAUGUGAGGGAGAGCAGGCGUGGAUACAUGGCAACUCCCUCAUCAACUACAUGAAGUUGGAGAAGCUGUUGGGAUACACAGGACACAUUGAAUUUGACUCCGAUGGGUUCAGGACAGACUUCACCAUGGACAUUAUACAACUGGGCCCCAACAACUUGACCAAGGUGGGAUCGUGGAACAGAAAGACAGGAACCAACUACACCAGGACCCAGAAUGAGACCAUAAAGGACGUCAUUCAAGGCCUGCAUAACAAGACACUCAUUGUGACCUUCGCCUUUAAUGACCCAUACAUCAUGCUGAAGGAGAGUGCUGAGCAACUGAAUGGGAAUGACCGCUAUGAGGGUUUCUGCAUCGACCUCCUCAACCACAUCGCAGGCAUUCUCAAGUUCAAAUACGAGUUAGUGCCAGUGCCGGGGAAUGCUUACGGCACCAGGAACAAGACGACUAACAAGUGGAACGGCAUGUUGAGGGAGCUGAUUGAGGAGAGAGCGGAGAUGGCAAUAACAGAUCUCACCAUCAAUUACGAGAGAGAGGAGGCGGUGGACUUCACAAUGCCCUUCAUGAACCUCGGCAUCUCCAUCCUGUUCAAGAAGCCGCAGAAGAUGGCACCCUCCCUCUUCUCCUUCCUCUCACCGCUGUCCUUGGAGGUGUGGAUGUACAUGAUCACUGCCUAUGUUGGAGUGUCCAUCCUCCUGUACAUCCUAGCCAGGUUCACGCCGUAUGAGUGGCAGAACCCUCAUCCGUGUGAUCCCGAACCGGACACUCUUGAGAACCAGUUUACCAUCCUCAACUGCCUCUGGUUUGCUAUUGGUUCCCUCAUGCAGCAGGGGUGUGACUUCUUACCUCAAGCUGUGUCGACGCGCAUGGUGGCCGGCAUGUGGUGGUUCUUCACACUCAUCAUGAUCUCAUCGUACACGGCCAAUCUUGCUGCUUUCCUCACUGUGGAGCGCAUGGAGUCCCCUAUUGAGAAUGCUGAGGAUCUUGCCAACCAGGACAAGAUUAAAUAUGGUUCAAUGGCGACUGGCACCACUUACGCCUUCUUCAGAGACUCCAGCCUUCCCACUUACGUCAGGAUGUGGAACUUUAUGAAGGAUGCCAAACCUUCUGUGUUCGUCAACUCAAACCAGGAGGGCGUGAAGAGAGUCCAGGAAUCCAAUGGCAAGUACGCUUACCUCAUGGAAUCCACAUCCAUUGAGUACGUCAUUGAGAGGAACUGUGACCUCACUCAGAUUGGUGGCCUGCUGGACUCCAAAAGUUAUGGCAUUGCACUACGCAACCGCUCCCCCUACACCAGUGCCAUCAGUAGUGCCAUCCUCGCCCUCCAGGAGUCCUCCACCAUUGAGUUACUUAAACGCAAGUGGUGGAGUAACCGCAAGGAGGAUAAGAGGUGUCCUAAUAAUAAGGAGGAGGCGGGCGGGAGCAGCAUGGCCAGUGAGCUGAACCUGUCAAACGUGGGCGGUGUGUUUGUGGUUCUGAUGGGCGGGAUGGGGCUGGCACUGGUGGUGGCGAUUGGAGAGUUCCUCUUAGAGUGCUGGGAUAUCGCUAAGGAGGACCAGAUUCCACUGAUGAAAGUGCUAAGCAAUGAGUUACGGUUUGUCUUCAAGUGUAGGGGUUCCUCCAAGCCAGUGAGGAAAAAAGCAUCAGAAUCGGAGGCUGCCAGCACCAGCAACAACAUAUACGGCUCUGAUGUCUACAACUACACCAGCAAGAAUAACUUCACUUGAUUGCCGGAUGUGACGUCGCGCCAUGACGUCACAGAAGAAGAGCUCGGUCAGUGGGCACUGCCUAACUACAUCCCACCGCCACCCUCCCCUGUCAUCCACGGCAGCAACGCCUCUGCUCAGGGCCACUGCCCCCACCUCCACCACCACCACCACACCCAUGUUCCUGAACCUUCCAGUCCCCACCACCACCAGCACUCCACCCCUCAUGCAUCCUACACCAGCCACUGCACCACUCCCUGCAACCACAACAACUCCUCCAUAUCUUACUGUGUCCCCAGUCGAGAGACAUCCCCCUCGGUGAACCACAGCGAGGAGACGUGUGAUGCGGCCAGUGUGAAGCAGAGCAAGGAGUGGUCGUAGGCAGCAUAGGAAAGCUCUGCUGCUUGUUGAGAGAAAGACAGGAUAUUUCCCCACACUUUGGACUAAGAAAAGAUAAUGGCUGUAUACUAACUCAUAAAGAAAAUACUAGGUUUCUAGACACCUUGAACAUAGUAUGUAAAGAGAUGAAUGGGUUCCAAGUCUACGAGUAUACUGUAAACUAAAUAUGUCCUCAGAAUAGCAGGCUUAAUCUAAAACCUUCUUUUCACUUUGUAGGUGAAGAAUGAGACACUUAACAUCCUUCCAUUAGUUUAUGAUGACAACAACACUUCCUCGGUACCUACUGUGUCCUCUUCUCUUGUUCCCAAUGAGGGAACACUGUAAACAUCUUUGUUUUACACCAGUCUUUAUGAAGCAGCUAAAUUAUCUGCUUCUGUAUGCUUAUGAAUGACAUCAGCUUAACACAUAAGUACUGUAAUAUUAGGAUCAGAAUACAUUAUACAUUCCAAGUUCUGAAAUCUGCAAUGCUUUGUUUCAGAAAGUAUUGUUUCACUCAUAAUACAAAUUAAAAAAGAGGCACGUGUCCAAUAUGAUGGAGUGCUGUAUGCAGAAAACAGCAAGUUGGUGAGGACAUUAUGUUGUGCUGAGUGGCAUUCAUCUGUAUUGUGAUGCCACGCCACUCUGCAGCAGAUUCAAAACAUGAUGUACAGAUGAGAGGACAAGGUGUUAGUGUACAACUUAGAGUAUAGAUACUGAACACCAAGGACCACUGAAGGUAUUGUAUGUCCUUUAUGCUACCCUUUAACAGUAGACCACGUUAGCACCUACAAGCACACAAACACACACACACACACACACACACACACACACACACACACACACACACACACACACACACACACACACACACACACUUGGGAAUUUCAGAAAUAUCAAGUACUUAGGCUAUGAUGAUAAUAUUUUGCUGUUUAGUUGUUGAAAAAGCCACUCGUGGAGGUGUUUAAGAGUGUGAUAGGAGAGAGAGAGAGAGUGCAGAGGCUGGACACCCUCACUACCUCACCCACUCAGUCCCACCCUGUUCCCUUACCUCUCCGAGCUCUUGUGAGUUGUGGCUUUUGUUAUUUUAUGGGACUUGUUUGGGCUAUGUAGUGUCACUGUAGUACUCACACUGGUGAGCUGUGGAAGGUGAGCCACAUUUGUACCACACAGACAGCUUGGCAGAUGUGUUAUUUUGAGGAGAGUUGCAUCAAACCUAAUUAUUCUGGUGGACUGUGCAGAUACUGUCAUGUCAUGAACAUGCUUAACAUUUCUUGAAGUUUUCUCCUGCAUGUGAGUGUGGGAGUGUAAAUCACAGUGACAUACAUCUGCUCCCUUUGGGGACUUUGGAUGUACAAAGUACAUCAUUUGUGGGAUGUGUUACAUCCUUGUGUAUAUAUUUUACAGUGCACUUUGCUUCAGCUGAAGAGUGAGCAGCAGUGUGCAGAGAGCCACCAGUCUAAGUGUUACUGUUCUCAGUGCUGCAGACAUAGGCUGCAUAUCUGUGUGUGUUAUAGACUUAUAUUUUCAGAUUAUCUUUGUUGAGUUUAAGAAUUGCACAAGGUGCAGUUGUUGAGAAGGUGAUAUAGCUUUUUUUUUUUUUUAUAUUACUCUUAUCUUUGAAUUUUGGGUCCUAGUGGGACACUUGUCAUGUGACAAACCAUUUGCUGUGUCAUAAUGAUACAGAUAUCAUUAAUGUUUGUGUAUGGCAGCCUAAGGCUGUGUUGCUGACUACACUUGUUUAGCCAUUUCAUAAUGAUUUUAUCAAGGAAUCAGUUCAUUUCUUUCACAUCACUGUAGAUUUUCUGUGGUCUGUUGCAAUCUUUAUUGUGAUAGACUGCAAGACAAACCUCACACCCAUCGUCACCAUUGCCAGCACUGUCACCACUGUUACUUCCAUCAUGAUAGCCGAGACAUCCUUCAUCCCAUCACCUCUGCAUGCAGUAUUGUUUUUAAGUUGUGGAAGUAACUUGAUUUCUUAACCUCUAGUCACUCAGAACUCUUCAUCACACUUGCAGCAUUCUAGUGUUAUAUUAGCAUUGCUAUAACAACAAUUCCCAGUAAUAUCUUAAGAACAUAAUACAAAGUUGUCAGUAUUGUAUGUCCCCAUUGCUGUUGUGUAUUGUGUAGUUUGAAAUGCAUCUGGGUCUUAUGGUUCUCAUGUGUUGUGUGUCUUGGGAAACCAGGACAAAUUAAAGAUGGAGAUUGUCAGUUAUGAGUUAUUGUAUAUAGGUAGUUGGUAGAAGGACGUAUGUGAGCCGUGGAGGUAUUUGUAAGUGUUAGUAUGUACGCACAUUCUGAGAACAUUUUAAGGGACGUCAGUUUAAACAUGUAUUUGUUAUGGGCAGAUCCAGGGUUUUUGUAAUGGAAGCAUGAGUGUGCCAGUGAUGAUUGGGUGAAGGAAGGUGCCAUCAGGGAAGACGUGGGAGGUCCGCCAUGCCUGUCAGUGUUGUAAUGUAUGUGUGGGAGCAUCAAGGCUCAGUGCAUGCCAUGCCUGACAUGAUACACUUGAGGUCAUGAAAUGCUUAUAGAAUCAAUUAAUUGUUUUGUCACGACUUUAUUGUUUCUCCAACUUUACAUCAUUCAUUGUUGAAAGAUUAAAGUUACAAUGUAUGGUUGUAUAGAACUCACAAGCGUCAGUGAUGAGAAAGUGCUUUGUAUAUACUGUACCUGCAUAUACUUGUCCACAGACACCUUGGAUUUGUUUCUGACCAUACAUGUGUAUACUGAUUACCUGCCUAUUCUUUGGAAAGGAUUUAGGGUAGCAGUUGACACAGAGAAAGACUGUGUAGUUAGACCAAUGGAUGUGUGGCAUGACAGAAAACUGGUGGAAUGAAUUGUCAAGGGAUUGACUUAAGAAAUACAAGAGAACAUGUGAUGUCUUGAAUGAAAAACUCUGUAGAGAGCGAUGAAGACUAAAUAGAUGAAUGUGAAGUGCUAUGAGUGUGUGACAUUUUCAGUGUAAGCAGAGCAGUGUGUCCAUGGUUUGUCAGAUAGAGAAGCUGUAGGUGAAGAGAAGUGACUGUGAGACAUGAGUGAGUCAAGUCUGCCUCCUUUGGGCCUGAAGGUCAAUGCUGCGGCUUGUGAUAAAAUGCUGCACAACCCCAAGACUGAUUUAUAAAUAUUGUUCAUUGAGUUAAUGAUGUACCUUUGUAUAUUGUCCCAGCUUUUAUGAUGCAGUUAUUGCACUGGAGUAUAAGACAAUAUACAUAUAACUCUUGUUAUAUGUAAUUGUAUGUGUAUUUCCACAUGGGAACGAAUAGCUAUGGAAUAAGUGCUUGUCUGUAAUAUGUGUUUGUACUAAAUUUUUGCCUCUAAUGAAUCAUCACCAUUAUGCCAUCACCACCACCAUCACCUCCCCUCCUUUCCAUCACCACUCAGAGAAGUGUUGCAAAGUCACCCCCACAGCAUGUGCCUGCCACACAAAAAUGAACAUAACGAGGGAUAGAAUGUAUGGAAAAAAAAAAAAAAGACAGUUGUAGUGUGGUAGAAACCUAAUGUCACCUAUAGUGUCCACAACAUAAACAAGGAUUAAUGUGCUGAUGGAAAAACGUGUAAGUGGAGGCCAAGUAUCUGAAGCAAGGAGGAAGUUUCUUGAGAGGGAGACAUGGAGGCUCUUCUGCUGAGAGAUAGAGAUGAAAAAGAGAUGUACACAAAGCUCCAGUAUAAUAGUAAAGUUCUGCCUCCUGGUUUUGAAAAUCCCUCAAAUGUCCGGAAUUUCAUCUUCCAUCAUUACUAACUGUUAAAAAAUCACAUUUAUUAAAUUUCUUUGGGUUGAAAUGAGAGAGAGAGAGAGAGAGAGAGAGAGAGAGAGAGAGAGAGAGAGGUUCACCGAGUGGCAGCUGCUUUGGUUUGAUUUCGGUCAAGACUGACGUGUAUGGGUCCUGUAUGAAGUCGGUGGUCGCAGCCUUCCCAACGCCGCCUCACUUGACGUCGCGCUCGCGCCUCAGUCUUUCACCAGCUCUGAUUGGAGUCAGUUUGGAUUACUGUUUGCGGCCUUGUGACCUCGUCAUUACAACUAUUGCUUGUUCUUGUCAAGAUGCCCAAACGAAAGUGUAAAUUCACUGCAGAGAUGCAGAACAAACUCCCGUGCUUCAAAAAAGGCAGGGAUGAGUGGGAAGCCGAGUGUUUGGUGUGUAAACCAGGAACAUUUGUCUCACUGGCACAUAAAGGCAUUAAUGACUUACAGUCACAUGUGAGCUCUGAGAAACAUAAGAGAGCAGUGCAAGAAGAGGGUUCAUAAAUAAAGAUGAUACAUUAUUUUAUUAUCAGCCAUAUGCAAAGGUAAAUAAGUUGAGUUUCUUUUAAUUAAUUUACAUGUUUUCCAGUAUCAUAUCAGGACCAUAAUCAGGUGUUAGUGAAGGUGUCCGGAAUUUUGAUAGUUCAUAUAUGGCAACCCUACAUUAUAAACAACAUGUACUUUGUGGCAAGCUUACAUUUUUAGAAUUAUAAAUAUAGUUGCAGUUAUAGACAGUGUAUGCAUCUUGUAUUACUGUAUCCAGCAUUUAAGAAUACAGGAUUGAACAUAAACUGAGGAGCCAGAAGUCCUUGUGGAAAAUAUGUAUCCCUCUACAAUGCCUGUCCAUCAUUGGGUUCAACUUGUUACUGUUUCUAAUGUCAGUAUAGCAGAUGAGUGGUGGAAUGGCCUCUAUUUAUUAUUGUCUUCCGUUCAUGUUGUCUUUGGUCUCCCCUUCAUGACCCAAUGCUCCAUAUGCUCUACUUCGUUUUCUAUGUGCUCACUAUAUGGAGUGUUGCCUCUCUUGUAAUAUACGUUGAUAAAUAAAGAAAACUAAGCCAUA